ACCUGCGGUAAUUUAACAAUAAAUUAAAAAGUAAGACUGGAAAUAGAACAAGAUACGAAUUCAAAUAAAUGUCUUCAUUUUUGUAGCCUAAAAGCAAGGUAUAAGAAAGAUAUACGUGGAAUCCAGAAGUUGUGUUCGAAUGGUUGUGUGUGAAUGUUGAGCCAAUUAUUUGAGUACGGCCAAAUAUUCUGAAAUCUUACCAUGACAGAGCUUCACUGGGCGGAUUUGCUUGUUAUAAUAGCUUAUUUUGCUCUGUGUAUGUUAGUUGGACUUUGGUCAUCAUGCAGAGAAAACACAGGAAGUGUGAAAGGCUACUUUUUGGCGGGAAGAAAUAUGAUAUGGAUUCCGGUAGGAGCAUCGAUUUUCGCAACAAACUUCGGAAGUCAUUUCUUCGUGGGAAUGGCAGGUUCUGCAGCAGCCAGUGGUUUGGGAGUUGUUAUUUAUGAAUGGCAAGCUGUGUUUAUAUUAAUGAUAUUAGGGUGGAUAUUUGUACCUGUCUAUGUUUCAUCUGGGGCUUACACCAUGCCUGGCUAUUUGAAAAAGCGAUUUGGCGGGAAAAGAUUAAGAACAUAUUUAUCUGUGUUGGCCAUAUUCCUUUUAAUCGUUCAAAAAAUAUCAGUGAGUAUGUAUGCUGGGGCCAUUUUUAUUCAACAGUCUUUAGGAUGGGAUAUGUACUUGUCUAUAGUUAGUGUUACUCUUAUAACUGCUGUAUAUACAAUCAUAGGUGGUUUAUCUGCUGUAAUAUGGACUGACACCCUACAAACAGUCAUCAUGAUAUUUGGUUCAUCUUACCUAGCUAUAGCGUCCUCGAUCAAAGUUGGUGGUUUGGAAGCCCUGUUUGAGAAAUAUAUGCAAGCCGUACCUAAUAUAACAACGUGUGGAAACACUACUAUGGGAUAUCCACGUGACGAUUCCUUACAUAUCUUUAGGGACCCCGAGACUGGGGAUAUACCAUGGACAGGUGCUUUAUUUGGACUUCUACCUAUGGCUAUUUUAGCGUGGUGUACUGAUCAGGUUAUGGUACAAAGAGUUUUAGCAGCUAAAACCCACUCACAUGCUAAAGGUGGCGUCAUAUUUGCUGCGUGGUUGAAGAUUACGCCUUUCUUUUUAGUUAUCAUACCGGGAAUGAUUGGAAGAGUUCUCUUCCCUGAUGAAAUUGGUUGUGUUGAUCCUGAUGUUUGUAAAGCCUUCUGUGAUGAUCCAAGUGGUUGUUCAAAUGUUGUUUAUCCUAAACUGGUCGUCGAGAUUCUCCCAGCUGGAUUUCGUGGUUUAAUGUUAGCUUGUAUGUUAUCAGCUUUAAUGAGUACCUUAACCUCCGUGUUCAACAGUUCUAGCAGUAUGUUUACAUUAGAUCUGUGGACAAGAUUCAGAACAAAAGCAUCGGAACGAGAACUUAUGAUUGUCGGACGUGUUUUUAUCGUUCUGCUGGUUGUGAUCAGUAUACUCUGGGUACCCAUUUUACAAGCUAACCAAGGGGGACAACUGUGGAAUUAUCUACAAGCUAUGCAGGCCUACCUGGCUCCACCAUGGGUCGUGGUGUUUGUUAUGGGUUUGUUAUGGAAACGAACAACGGAACAGGGUGCUUUCUGGAGUUUAAUGGCAGGCUUAUUGGUUGGUGGUACCAGAUUAAUUAUGGAUUUAGCUUAUCCCAAACCUUCUUGUGGUGUGGCUGAAAGUCGACCAGAAAUACUUUAUAAAGUCCAUUUUCUCCAUUUCGCCAUCAUUCUGACCUUCAUCGUGUUUGUUGUAUGUGUUAUAGUUAGUUUGCUAACCACACCAAGAAGUGACGUUAAGCUAAGGCGUGUUACGUGGAAAACAAGAAAUUCAGAACCCCGGGAAGAAAGUGAUGAUGAAGAUGAAUUUGAAAAACAAGACUAUAUUGAAGACAGUCCUGGUCUUGCUAUAGAGGAAGUGGAAGAUAACCCUACUGGACCAGACGACGUCGCCUUUAAACAGCGGGUAUAUAAUAUAUUAUGCUGUUAUUCAAGUUUUGUCCCGAAACCCAGAAGUCGCGCAAUGGAAGAAGAAGAAGCCAAUCGUUACAAGGGAUUGGGAGAGAAGCCCUGGAUUCGUCGUUUCCUUGACUUCAACGCUCUUCUAGUAAUGGCGUGGACCGUUUUUCUCAUUGCCUUCUUUGCUUAGUUCGAACGUUGAGAGUAUUCAAAUUUUAAUUGUGCUAUAUUCUUCAAAAUUCAUUUUAUCUUUCCCUUUUAUAUUAAUAAA